GUCGUCUUGAAAUCCGUUGAUCUGAAGAAAGAUUCACGCCCAAAACUGGACUAUAUAAACGAAACCAUCUCGAGAACCAGCAACAGUCGUCAGUUAACGCUGUAAAGAGAAGAUGUCUUACAUUACAACUUUUGUUUUGGCCGCCACUUUGGUCGCAGCUCAGGCUGCACCUCAGUUUCUAUCCGCGGGCUAUGCCUCACCGUUUGCCACUGUUGCCCACGCUCCGGUCGCAGUCGCUCACGCUCCGGUCGCAGUCGCUCACGCUCCAGUCGCAGUCGCUAGAGCCGAAGAGUACGACCCGCACCCCCAGUACAGCUUCUCUUACAGUGUGAACGACGCCGUGACCGGAGACUCCAAAGGUCAAACCGAAACACGUGACGGAGACGUCGUCCAGGGCAGCUACUCCCUCGUCGAACCCGACGGUUCCAGGAGAGUCGUAGACUACACCGCCGACCCCGUCAACGGAUUCAACGCCGUCGUACACAAGGAAACCAACGUCGCUCACGCCCCAGUCGCCGUCGCUCACGCACCUGUCGCUUACGCUCGUCCCGCUGCUGUUGUCGCCCACGCUCCAGUCGCUUACGCUCGUCCUGCUGCCGUCGUCCAUGCUCCCGUCGCCGCCGCACCUGCUGUCGUACACACAUCUUUCUCCAGCCCUGUUGUUUCCUACGGUUUCUAAGCAUCUAAAUUUAUGACAGACGAAAUAAAUUGUAAAUAAAUGCUUGUUU